AUGUUCAAAGUGUUUCGCCGCUCGACGCCCGAAGCGAACGUGAAGCCGACGCGCAACAACAGCGUCAAGGGCUGGUUCCAGCAAGUGAUCCAGACCAACAACAACCACACCAAAUGCACGUGCACCAAGCACAAGAAGAAGAAGGCGUCGACCAAGCCACGCAAGGUCAAGCCCUGCGUCGUCACGCCAUUUGUCAAGAUCCCGCGCAAAUACGACGGCGACGAGCAGCGCCGCAGCAUGUGUGUGGGCGGCGUCCGCGUCCCGUUCUUGCCCGCCCAAGUGAGUGCGUGGAAGCAGAUCCGCCGGGACUUUGUCGAUUUCACGCCCAUCGAAGAGGAGGCGCACCGGUGCGAGUACUGCCUCUGCAAAAGUGACGUCACGGACGACUCGUUCGACGACGACGACGACGACUUGCACACACUCUGCGCCAAUGUUGGUCGUCGGCGCAACCGCUGGGAGCUCGCAUUCCAUUUUCCGAUCGCCGGAGACAACAUGUUUCGCCGCCGCACGUCCGACGCCCACGUCAAGGACGUCACCUCGAUGAAGGACAGCGCCUUGGCCAGCACCGAGGUCAAGGGCUUCAAGCGCUGGUUCAAGACGCUCCGAGUCGCGCCGAUGAGCAAGGGCCGGUGCACCUGCGCAAGGUCCGCGCCGGGUCCACCGCGGCGACGCCGCCGGACGACAUACCAGCUAGUCGAGCCGCUGGCACUGCCACGCAAGUACGCGGCCGAGACACAGAAGAGCCAACUCGUGAGCGGGCGCCGCGUGCCCUUCCUACCCGACCAAGUCAACAACUGGAAGGCGAUCCGCAGCGCGUUCCACGACUACGCGCCAAUCGAAGAAGACCGACCGCUCUGCGACUAUUGCUUGAGCAAGAGCGGAACCACCGAGUGGUCCGUCGAAGACGACGAGUACUGAGUGUUUGGCCAAAUAUUUAUAUCGUGCGUUGGCUGCUACGCGCUCCAUGUCUGCGGUUAGGGGUUGUAGCGUGGCGUGGACAGUGUGUACGAGUUCAUAUCGUCCUG